AUGUACGGGCGGAUUCGCGUCGUUGUUCGCGGUGCGUUCUUCCCAGCCCAGUUCCAUUCCCGGUCAAUAGUCCAUCUCGCGUCCUUGCACAAGUGGCUGCUCCUCUAUUUAGUCCUCGACUACAACUCCAAACGACGCUGGGCACUACCAAUACCUGCACUCCCCAACACAAUGGCGGCCAUCAGUAUCCCCGACUACCAGCCCAAGAUCCACGAUCUGGCGAAGCGCAAUUGGGCGAGCAAAAACCCCGGUGUUAUUCUGGUCUUUUGCAUCGUCUUUCUCGUCGUUAUGGGGGUCGCGUUGUUGUUUCUGUACCGUCGACUACUACGCAAAAAGGCUGAAAAACAGGCAUAUAGUGGCUAG